AUGGGUGAUGGUAAAGCAAGAAUUAACAAUUUCAAAGAUAAAGAAUGGCCGAUUUUACCAGCGGAUGAAAUUGUUAAACGUGCUCGCGAUUCUCUUGGAAAAGAAGGAUAUCAUGUUCUUGCAAACAAUUGUGAGCACUUUGCAACUGGAUGUCGAUAUGGAGACCGGCUGUGUGGUCAAGAAGAAGCAUUUUGGUCAACGGCAACGUUGGGAACAUAUAAGAGAAGGGGUGGACCAUUUACAUUAAUAUUAAAUUAA